AUGGACAUCCUGACUUCCGUGGUCGCCGUAGCACCGUCCGUGGUGGUUACGUUUCUCGCCGGGUUCAUUUUCCUAUAUCGGGCCUGGCCGUACUUGUCGAUCCGGGACAAGCGUUCAUUAUACGCCGGCAGUGGUUCGAAACCCAAUGAUGCAUCCACAGCCGCAGCCGCAGCCGCAUCCUUUGCAAAGGACCAGGACGAAGCCAACGUCGUCUCUAAAGAGCCGGAAUUUCCUGCAGAUUGGUGGGUAGGGAAAGAAACCUACGAGCUCGAAAGACGCGCACUCUUCAGCAAAACAUGGAUAUGCCUGGCUCAUCGCAGCCGAUUCGCCAAACCAGGAGACUACCAGUCCUUCCAGAUAGCCGGGUUUCCGAUCUUCUUGGUACAAGGGAAAGACGGACAAGUCAGGGCGUUUCACAAUGUUUGUCGUCAUCGCGCAUACACGGUCAUCGAGAAAGAGUGUGGAUCGUCGCCGGUCCUUCUCUGUCGAUACCACGGGUGGAGUUACAACACGUCCGGGAACCUCAUCAAGGCGCCUCAAUUCGACCAUGUGCCGGGGUUUCAAAAAUCGCAGAAUAGUCUCUUCGAGAUACAUACCUUUACCAGCGACGAUGGCUUUUUGUUUGUGAAAUUCGAUGCUAGCCCGACGGUGUCUCCGUCCAAGACCGAUGCUCUGGAUGUGUUUGUGCAGAGGAAUGGUCUUCAGACACGGGCUAGCUGGGUGGCAGGACAGACGAUUGAGGGCGCUUUCAAUUGGAAAAUGUGCAUAACAUCCAAGAAAUUCCUGGAUGCCGAACACCUAGAACGUAAGCUCCGAGAGCAAAGUGCCCUACCACUGAUGGCGCGUAUAGCGCGAUGCUUCCAAAGGAGGUCAGAGAAUCACAUGGUCUUCCCAAUAACAUCGAUCCUCACCAUCCCCGGCACGGGAUGCUGGUAUUCACUCAGUUUUCUUCCGGUUUCGGAAUCGAGGACAGCCAUACGAUAUGAUCUGUACUGUAACAAGGCAACACCCAAUUCUCAUGCAAUUUCGGAGGCCAUUGUGCGUCUGUUGACAGCGAAGACUCGAGAGUUAGAGGCGCAAUAUCAGUCUUACAUCUCUGGAAACGGAGACCCUGCCUCCUCGGAUGCCCGUUCGAAUCCAGAGAUUCAAGAAUGUAUCCUCAACCUCCUGAAAUCACACAGUAAGCUGGAGAAAUCCCAAAAUGCCGAUAUAUACCCGGCUAUUCGAAAACCCAGACAGAACAUGAGAUUCCAACAGGCAGAGCAGCAAACCAAGGAACGACUAAAUUAUCAACUGCUGGCCCCAAAUCCCACGUGGUUUCAAUCUGAUUCCAUGAUGGCGUUGCCCCCGGUUGUCAAGGCUUCGUUGCAGUCUACGCUGAUCAAUGCCGGAUCAAACAUCCUGGCCCAGGGCAUCCAAGCACACCAGAACGAGAAACCCUUUGAACUGGACCGGCAAGUCCUGUGGCUGUUCACCACGUGUGCCUUGUUGAUGUCACCCUUGACCUUCUUGUGGCUAGAAGGUCUAGAGUCGGCUCUCCCCGGUUCCUACGAGGAGAAGCCAGCCCCCAAGUCCAAGACGGAAAAGGACAAGGAGCAGAAACCCCGUUCGAGACUAAAUGUGAAAAACAUCGUAGCCAAGGUCGUGAUUGAUCAAACGAUCGGCGGUGCCUACAACACAUUUCUUCUCAUUGCCCUCAUGGGUUACUUGCGUGGUGAUGAUUACGGCACCAUCAUGGAGCAAGUGAAAAUGGAGUUCUGGCCCCUUCUGCUUGCAGGAAUGAAACUCUGGACAUUUGUCUCAGUGCUGAACUUCACUGUGGUGCCUAUAGAUAAGCGAAUGCUUUCUGGAAGCCUCUUUAGCGUGGUCUGGGCCAUUUAUCUAAGUUUGCGUUCUGGGUAG